AUGCCGGUGCGCUCGGGACAACAGACAUGCUACCUUACCUCUUUCGUAACAGGAACCGGUCGGCAUCGCAGGCGCGAUGGCCCGCUGUCCGGUGCCGGUGAAUGGUGGCGUGCCCAAAGCCGAUUUACGGCGAUUUGUUAUGCUACGCCGCCCGCCUCGUCAACGCGGGAGACGUCCCUGCGGGCGCGCGCCGCUAUUGCAUCUUCUGCGCAGGGUCCUGAUCAGCGUUACUAUGAUGUUUACAUACGUCGGCGUACGGGUGCGGGUUCGCCAGGGGCCCGUGGUGCUCGGACGCUGCGUUACGUUCGGCUACUUCUGCUCAGUGCUGCGAUGCUGAUGGGCCAGAGUUCUCCUGCCAAUGUCAUGGCGACUAUUUUCGGGACAAAGCAAGACAGAUGUGCUCACGGGACGGGCGCGCACGGGCCCUCGGGCAGGAGUUGCCCUGUUUAUCGCGACUGCCAGCGCAAAGAAGCGUGUGGGCCGGAACUCUCCUCGACUUCCUCCCGGGAUCGAACUUUGCGGAACGAAAGGCCGGAGCUCCGCGAGUUGGGAACUAAGGACGGCGGUUGGCGUACUCGUAGCGAGGAUGCGGCGAAGGACCCUGCACAUAUGAAUGCAUUUGAGCUCACGUUACCUCAGGGAUGCCCUCGCGACGACGGGUGCCGUUGGUGGGCUAUCGAGGUCGGCGGACUUCUAGCAGUAUUGGGUUAUCAGAUGAGCUCGGACGAUGACCAAUGUGGAGGCCUGAAGCGAGUAAUAUUUGAAUAG